UCGUAGCAUUUGGGAGGCUGUUCGGCUGUUCACCGGCUAUGGGCCUUCCUUAGCCCGCUGAUCGGUGAGGUGACCUAGCGGAAAAGCGGGAGGAGACAAGUUGGCCCCGUUAUCCAGAAUCGGCUCUGAGGCCCUUCGAGCCCGUAGUUGUCGGCGGUGUCCUCCUCCCCGCCCCACUCGCCGCAUCUCCCGGCCCAGCUCAUCCCACCGGCCAGUGACCGAGGUCGGCGCAGGGCCCCAUGGCAGUAGUAGAGGUGCUCAUGAGUCCUGUACAGGACUGUGUGGUCUUCGAGGACGUGGCUGUAUAUUUCUCCCAGGAGGAGUGGGGCCUCCUUGAUGAAGCUCAGAGACACCUGUACCGUGCUGUGAUGACAGAGAACUUGGCACUCGUGACCUCCCUGGGUUGUUGGCAUGGAGCCCAGGGUGAGGAGGCCUCUUCUGAGCAAGGUGUUUCUAUAGGGAUGUCAGAGGUCAGGACUGCAAAGCCAGAUCCAUCCUCCAGGAAGGCCCAGUCCAGUGACAUGUGUGGCCCACUCUCCAGAGACCAUUUGCCCCUGCCUGAGCAUGACGGAAUGUACCCUGAUGAAGGACUGUACAUUUGUGGAGCAGACCUUUUCCAGCACCAGAAGGAGAUUAGAGACAAACUUUGCAGAAGGGCUGAGAGGCAGCCUUCAUUUCUGACCAACAGCAGUGUUCACACAGGAGAGAGGACCUUGACCUGCAGUGGAGAUGGGAAGCCCUUCCCAGGCAGCACAGGCCUUUUGCAGCAGCUGGGCCCUCGUGGUGAGGGGCAGCCACAUGGGGACACUGAGUGCCGGGAGGCCUUUGGUCGUGAACAGAGCGGUUACAGGUGCGCUCCGUGUGGGAAAGCCUUCAGCCGAAAACAGAUACUUGUUGAGCACCAGAAAAUCCACACUGGAGUAAGGCCUCAUGAGUGCAGCAUAUGCGGCAUGGCCUUCAUUAGAAAGUUUCACCUUGUUCAGCACCAGAGAAUCCACACUGGAGAAAGGCCUUUUCGGUGCAGCGAAUGUGGGAAAUGUUUUAGGUACAACUCCACGCUCAUUAGUCAUCAGCGAGUUCACACUGGAUUAAGGCCUUAUGAGUGCAGCAAAUGUGGGGAAUUUUUCAAGUACAAUGCCAACUUCAUGAAACAUCAGAGAAAGCACAAUGGAGAAAGGCCUUUUGAGUGCAGAGAAUGUGGAAAAUUCUUUAGGUAUAACUAUAGACUGAUAAGACAUGGGAGAGUUCACACUGGAGAAACUCCUUAUAAAUGCAUUGAAUGUGGGAAGUUUUUCAGGUACAGCUCCACAUUCAUUAGACAUCAGAGAGUUCAUACUGCAGAAAAGCCUUAUAAGUGUAAUGAAUGUGGGAAAUUCUUUAGGUACAAUUCCACACUCAUUAAACACCAGAGAGUUCAUACUGGAGAAAGGCCUUAUGAGUGCAGUGAAUGUGGAAAAUUUUUUAGGUACACGUCCACCCUCAUUAGACAUCAGAGAGUUCAUACGGUAGAAAGGCCUUAUGAGUGCAGUUUGUGUGGGGAAUACUUUAAAUACAAAUCCAAACUCAUUAAACAUUGGCAAAAUCACACUGGAGAAAGGCCUUAUGAGUGCAGUGAAUGUGGGAAGGCCUUUAGGUAUCACUGCAGACUCAUUAGACAUAAGAGAGUUCACAGUGGAGAGAGGCCUUAUGAGUGCAGCGAAUGUGGGAAAUUCUUUCGGUACAACUCCAACCUCAUUAAACAUUGGAGAAAUCACACUGGAGAGAGGCCUUAUGAGUGCAGAGAAUGUGGGAAAGCCUUUAGCCACAAGCAUAUACUUGUUGAGCAUCAGAAAAUCCAUACCGGAGAAAGGCCUUAUGAGUGCAGCAGAUGUCACAAAGCCUUCAUUAGGAAGUCCCACCUUGUUCAUCACCAGAAGAUUCACAGAAGACACUAUGAGUGCUGUGAAUGUGGGGAACUCUUUAGAUACCACUCCAACCUCAUGAAGCAGGGAGUUCAGUGGUAGAGACCUUUGGAAGGGGCCUGCUGUAUAGCACAGGAAACUAUAUUCUAUAUCAUGUAAUAAGUUAUAAUGGAAAAGAAUCUGGGAAAGAAUUUUAUAUAUAAAACUGAAUCAUUUUGAUAUAUGCCUGAAACACUGUACAUCAACUAUGCUUCAAUUAAAAAACAAAAGACCAUUAUAAGUACAGAAGCUAUGGUAAAUGAGGUACUACUCCAAACUCCUAACUCAUAGGUGCUGGAGAAGCCCUAGUGUGUUCACUUCUGAGUACAGCAAACAUGGAAAGUUGUUUUGGUACAGCUCCCCACUUUAGACAUCAAGAAUUCAUACCAAUGCAGACCUUUUCAGUGAAUGUAAGUUUUUAUCUUAAACAAUUAAAUGUCAAUGAUUUCACAAUGGAGAAACGCCUUAGUGCAGCAGUUAUGGACAUAUGUUCUGCCAAAACUUCGACCUUAUUCAGCACCAAAAAGUUCACACCAGAGGGAGUAUUGCAAAUGGAGAAAGACUAGCAAGUUGCUCUAAUCUGUCCCUGAGAACAUCUUUUUUUUUUAUGAUAGUAAAAUAUAUCUAACAAUGCUGGGCUUCCCUGGUAGCUCAGCUGGUAAAGAGUCCACCUGUAGUUCAGGAGACCCCAAUUUGAUUCCUGGGUUGGGAAGAUCUGCCAGGGAAGGGAUAGGCUGCCCACUCCAGUACUCUUGGGCUUCCCCGGUGGCUCAGCUGGUAAAGAAUCUGUCUGCAAUGCAGGAGACCUGGGUUCAAUCCCUGGGUUGAGAAAAUCUGCUGGAGAAGGGAAAGGCUACUCACUCCAGUAUUCUGGCUUGGAGAAUUCUAUGGACUGUAUAGUCCAUGGGGUUGCAAAAGGGUUGGACAUGACUGAGUAACUUUAGGAUUUCCCUGAUAGCUCAGUUGGUAAAGAAUCUGCCUGCAAUGCAGGAGACCCUGGUUCGAUUCCUGGGUAAGAAAGAUCUGCUGGAGAAGGGAUAAGCUACCCACUCCAGUAUUCUGGCCUGGAGAAUUCCAUGGACUCUAUAGUCCAUGAGGCUGCAGAGAGUCAGACACAACUGAGCAACUUUCAUUUUCAUGUGUAACAAAAUUUACCCUCUCCCUUUUAAUGUUCAGUGUAGUGUGUUUAAAAAUUAAUAUCUAGUCUCCAGAAUUCUUUUUCAUCUUGCAAAAAUGAAACUAUACCCCUUAAACAUCUCUCUCUUCUCCCUCCCUACCCUACCUGUCUACCUCUGUUUUAUAUUCUUGUCUAUGAAUUUGAUUACUCUGGAUACUUUUCAUAAGUGUAAUCAUACACUUUUUCAUCUCUUUGCAGCUGGCUUAUUUAGCUUAGAAUAAUGUCCCCAUGUUGAAGCAUUUGUCAGCAUUUUCUUCUGCCUUGAGAAGGAAUCAGAAUUGACCUGCCUAAAAUGUGGGGAAGAGUGCUGAUUGUCGAUACAAGUUUGUCUGAUAUGAUGACAUUUAGAGAAACAUGAUAUCCUGAUUUUAUAUGGAACAUAUGUUAAUAGCUUUACUGAGGUAUUGGCAUACUCAAUUUCAUUUAUUAAGAUUAUAAACUGUAUUUUCACAUAGGUGUACACAGUGGGACUAUCACCAAAGUUGUGAUAAUGAACAUGUCCAUUACUUACAGAGUUUCCAUUAGCACAAACCCUACCCAAGUUGCCAUCUCCAGGUAGACAUUGUAGUUUACAUUUUCUAGAAUUUUAUAUAAAAGAAAUCCUACAGGUAUUCUAAUAUGAAUUUUCACUAAGUUCAUAAAUAUAUUUUUUAUUAUAUUUGUGCAAAGGAAUAACAUCAAAUAAAAAUAAGCAGGGGUUUCUUAUGUAUUAGAGGUGCAUUGUUUGUAAGCAAAUGUGGGUAGUUUUUUUGUUGUUCUCAUUAUCACUGAGAAAAAUGUUAUUUAAAGUGGGAACUGAAGUUGAAACUAAACUGAAAUUCAGUUUUGUAUGAAUUCUUUAUGAAUAAAAAAUUUUGAACCUUUUGCAUCA